AUGCCAGUAUCAAAGCACUAUACAUCCCCGGCCAGUGUAUUCCUCAAAGAAGAAGUAUACCGACUCGGAGCAUUGCCAGGACUGAGAUCCCUACCUCCAGGCCCAGAACGAGACUUUCUCACCCUGUCAUGGGGGCCUAUCAUCUACCGCACCUCGUACGCUCCCGAAACCAAACGUCUUCUCCCAGUAUUCCUGCGCUACCUCAAUAAUUCCGUGCACGGGGCCUUGCGCCGGACAUUUACAGGCUCCGAUGAAGAAAUCGAAACUCUCACAACGACAUAUUCUUCCAAGGUUUUCAGCUCGCCAGAGAUAUACGCCAAGAUGGAUGAGGAAGCGGUCCGACAGGCUUUCCAUGAUUUCAAGGUGUCGCUCGGGAUACCUGAAACAGAGCUCCCGAGCAGACUGCGCAUAUGCUUGAUGCUAGAUGACGAAGCGUUAGCGCACUUGAAAUGUGUUUUAGAUCUUGCCUCGAUGGCUGAGGAGGAUGCAGAUGUGGGUGGAUGCUGGGUGAAGGUUGUUGAGGAGAAUUUCCCGGAUUCUAGGAUGGGUGAUCACCCGCUUGCGAAACCCGAUACGGAAAGUGUAUCUCAAGUUAGAGAAUAUCGUGGGAGUUAUCAUGGGUGGACGAUGGUGGCACUCGAUGCAUUGGUAGAGGUCUUUGAUGGGCUUCGGCAAAUGAAAUGGUUGGUUGACUAUCAUCGGGAGGGCAAUGUAUACUUGGGAGACGGCAAAUGGAGGAGUGUAUCAAGCUAG